AUGAAGAUAUGGGCGUCAACUUCUUUGGCGAUUCUGGAAUUGCAGCUUCAAAAUAAAGGACUCGUAGAGAGAUUGAUGAAGCGUGGUGCGAGAAAAGCGACAUCCUUCGGUUCUGGUGUGGUGGACUGUGUUUCCUAUUGUAGAGAGCUUUGGUGUGGUCCUAAGAUUUUUCUGGUCUUGAUCCCUUUUUUGUGCGAUUGGAUUGGCAUGGAUGAAUCAUGGCUAGAAUUUUAUCUGGGAAUGAAACUAAACUUGUUGCUAUUGAUCAGAAAUUUUUCUUCUAUAUGGGAUCAGGAUAGUGUCGGAUGGAAGCAUGUCGAUCCGAAUGGAGCAAUAGUUAUGGAAGGUCUGGUUUUGGCUGAGAAUUUAGAAUGCAUGGAUUCUUUGUGCAAGGUUUUCUGGGAAGAGAUUGCUGUUGUGUUUGGAAGGGGUUAA